UUUUGGUUCAUAAUAAUAAUGCUUAUGGACCCUUCUUUCAAUUCCUCUCAUCAAGAACAUCAACAAGAACAAGAACAACAGGAAGAUCAUUGUUUACAAAUGCGUCAAUUACUUAUCCGUUGUGCUCAUUUCAUUUCUCAAUCUGAUUUCAUUUCAGCUCACCAUCUUCUUUCAAUUCUCUCUUCAAAUUCCUCUCCUUAUGGUGAUUCAACUCAAAGAUUACUCCAUUAUUUCUCUUCUUCUCUUUCUCAUCUUCUCCCUUCAUCAAAUUAUAGUUCAUCUUUUCAUCAUCACCAUCAUCAUCAUCAUGAUAUUGAAAAGAUUCAAUCUUGUUACUUAUCAUUGAAUCAAAUCACACCCUUUAUUAGAUUCACUCAUUUAACUGCAAAUCAAGCCAUUUUAGAAGGUAUUGAAGAAAGUGGUAUGAUUCAUGUUUUGGAUUUUGAUAUUAUGCAUGGUGUUCAAUGGCCUCCUCUUAUGCAAGCUUUGGCUGAUCGUUUUCCAUCUCCUAUGCUUCGUAUUACUGCCACUGGUCUUGAUCUUAAUUUCCUUCAUAAGACUGGUGAUAGACUCUCAAAAUUUGCUCAAUCACUUGGUUUGAGGUUUCAGUUUCACCCUUUGCUUCUUCUUCAUGAUCGUGAUCAUCAUCGCGUUAUCCCUGCUGCUCUUACCCUCUUCCCCGAUGAAGCUCUCGCCGUUAACUGCGUUCUCUACUUGCACAGGUUAAUGAAGGACGAGGUUCGAGCAUUGCUUAAUAAAAUCAAGGCUUUGAAUCCAAAAGUGGUGACAAUAGCAGAAAAGGAAGCAAAUUUCAACCAUCCAUUAUUCAUGCAAAGAUUUGUAGAGGCAUUGAAUCAUUACACUUCAAUAUUUGAUUCAUUAGAAGCAACUUUGCCUCCAAAUAGUAGGGAGAGAUUGGCAGUGGAGCAAGUUUGGUUUGGGAGGGAAAUAAACGACAUCGUUUCAGGAGAAGCGAAUAAGAAAAAACAGCACUAUGCUGAAAGGUAUGAAUCAUGGGAAAUAAUGCUUAAAAGUUUAGGGUUUUCUAAUAUUCCUUUAAGCCCUUUUGCUCUUUCACAAGCUAAACUCCUUCUUAGACUUCAUUAUCCUUCUGAAGGUUAUCAUCUCCAAAUCCUUCAUGAUUCCCUUUUCCUUGGUUGGCAAAAUCAACCCCUCUUUUCAGUCUCUUCAUGGCAUUGAAAAAAAAAAUCCAAAUAAAAAUUAGGUUUGAUUUAGAAACUCCAUCCAGAAAAAUGAAGGAAUUGACAAGCUUUCAUGUUCAAAGAAUGACGAAAGUGCUAAGAAUAUGUCAACCUAGCUAGUUGAGAUGUUUAGGUGCACCUACUUAAUCUCUUAAGUAAAAUUAGCAAGAAGAAUAUCGAGGGUUUGCAUGAAUAUGAAAUUAGCAUACUUUUAGAUUGGGUUCAAUAAUGAAUAACAUAUCAACUUAGUUGAGAUGUCCAAACUCUAUUGAAGUAGCUAGGUACUCGAAGGUUGAUAUGGAAAAAAAUUGUUAGCCUAUGUAAUUUGGCAUAUCAUGAUAUUGGCUAACUUUGCUUAAUUAAUUGUGUAAAAGCCUAGAAUCCUUUCAGGUGUUCUUUCAAUGGGGGAAAGGGUGAAACCGACAAAUAUUGAAAAUGUAUUAUUAUUUUUUAUUAUUGUACUAAAUAAAAUCUCUGUUUUUUUUU